AUGUCACCCAGCGGCCAGUCUUCCAUUCAAGAUGAUCAACCAGGCGCCUCGACCCCGGGCCAUUGUUACGCAGGCGCUUCCCUUCCAGCCGUCGUGACCAACCGAGGAGCCGCGCCUUCCAGAAACUACUGCAAUCUUAAUUUCUGGAAGCUGUCCGGAUGGCGCGCGCUGCGUUCGGUACUUGGUGACGCCCAGCUUGAGGACAGGGUUCCCGUUGAGGAGGAGGUACUUUGGGUCUCAAUCAGGGCGAUGGAUGCUCUCAGGUACUCCAAUGGACACCUAUUGAUCAAAACAUCAAUAUUUGCGCUCACACUCGGUGAGAAAGAGAGAGAGAGAGAGAGAGCACCAUGUCGAUCUGAUCUGUGUACAGAAUCCAUCGAUCUCCAGGAGAUCCCCAUCCUUUCCUCGAGGACGCCCCGCCAGACUCAGCAGGGACGUAAACCACAUCCAGUGUUUCAACUCUACUCUCUCCUCACAUCUCAGUCUUUCCAGCCAUGUAUCUGCUAUGCCAAUGGCACGGGCUCCGACUUCGGCUUUCAGUGCGCCACUGCACAUGAUGUGUUCGGGUGCCUGUUUCGCGCGGCUGGUCUUUUGACGAGGUGCAUAUUCGGUUGGGAUUUGCCGCAGCGCUGGAGCCCAUAUCGGAAUGCAACGUCCAUAUCGGAACGUUUGUCCCUCCGUACAAAAUGUAUUCAGUUCCGAUCAGGACCUGUCAUCUCCGAUUCAGGUUUCUGUGCCAGUAUCAGAGCACUUGUUGUGUAUGUUACAUGGACCCGCGGGGAUUCUCCAGAGUCCCCAAUUCGAUUGAGCUUGCUUCGACGGGUAAAAGAAAGUACCGAACACGAGCCUGAUUUUUGUCCCAUCCGGAUGGGACUACAAACAUGCCUCCAUAUGAGGUUAGGUCGCACAAAGUACAACCGCAAGCAUAACAAUCCCCGUUCCAAAGAGGGUAUUUGCAGAAAGGAACAAGAAAGAGAGAAAGAAAAAUCACCCGAAAAUAAUCUCAUCAGGAUCAGAACAAUUGAACUUGGCCACUGGCAAGGGGGCGCUCUUGGAUCGACCAUUGCGAACCAGGCCAAUUUGCCAGACAAAGUCGGACCUUUGAUCGCUUCAGAGCAGUGUCGACGUCACCGCACUUUUCAGAGAGUACGGAGAGAGCUCGGAAUCUCAUGA